AUGGGUUCUCUAACACAACUCAUAACUGUCUUCAUGAUGACUAUGUUCAUAAGUGCAACUAUAUCUCAAGCCCAGAAAACGACUACCGUGGUGAUACAUAAUGAUCUUGGAGGUGGUUUAUCGCUAGGAUACCAUUGUAAAUCGGGGAAUGAUGAUCUUGGAUACAGGAGUUUGGCACCGGGUGGAUCAGGGUCCUUUGGCUUCAAACCUGAUAUAUUUGGCCGUACUUGGAAUAAAGAGUCGCAUUCUUUUGAUAUCUAUAAACAAAAGAGAGACAGGGAGUUUGAAAAGUUUGGAUGCAGACGAUGCGAAUGGAAGAUACGCAGAAAUGGACCUUGCAAACUUAACAAAAACAGUCAAAUAAUGACUAAACCAAAUUUCAAUACAGAUAUUGGAAAUACAGCCGAUAGACCCGAUACCACGCAUAGGACGAAACAGAUCAUAGGCCAAGAUGUCAAAAGCGAAUAA